GACGGGAACUGCUGACAGCAUCCACUAAAUUUACGCCGUAGAGGUACUCGUUCGUACUCUAGACGUAUACAGAAUAGCUUAGGCGCCGCCGCGUCAACAAUUCCACUUUCCUCGAGCCCGAUCUUCUUUCACGAUCCAAGGAAGGAUGAACCAUUAUCUCUUCUCAGAGUCGCUGAUGGAACAAUUGAAAACCCUCAGCACCUCCUGGUCUCUCCCAGUUGCAGCCGUCGUCGCGGCCAUUGGCAUAUUUGCUACAAUGGGUCUCUUCAGCUCCAAAAACCACAUGCCAGUCGAGGGCCGGACCGUCCUCCUAACCGGCGCCUCCGAAGGCAUGGGCCGCUCAGCGGCCAUCCAACUUUCGCAAAAGGGCGCCAAUGUCAUCCUCGUCUCGCGCAACGUCGGGCGCCUUGAAGAAGCCCUCGUCGACGUCCGCGCCGCCGCCAAGAACCCGUCCACACAACGCUUCACUUACAUCUCAGCCGACGUUUCCGAGCACGACUACGCCGCCGCGGUCCUCGCCGAAGCUAUCGCCUGGAAUGGCGGGCGCUCCCCGGACAUCGUCUGGUGCGUGGCCGGCAUGUCGACGCCUCUGCUGUGGACCGACGAUGGCAGCAUGGCGGCCGCACGCCGCAACAUGGACGUCAACUACUUUGGGUCGGCGGAGAUGUCGCGGGCGAUUUUGAGGGAGUGGCUGGCACCCGAAAACAGCACGGGACCCAACGGAGAGCCGAAGCACUUGGUAUUUACCGCGUCAAUGUUGGCGCUUUUUGCGAUUUUGGGCUAUGGCCCGUACACCCCAACCAAAUGGGCGCUGAGAGGACUGGCGGAUACCCUGGCGAUGGAGGUCAAUUACUACCCAGAUAACCCGGUCAAGGUGCACAUUGUGUAUCCCGGCACGAUUGUAUCACCGGGCUACGAGAGGGAAAAUCAGACGAAGCCGGACAUCACGGUGGAGCUGGAAAAGGACGAGCCAGCGGAAAGCCCGGAUACGGUAGCAAGGAGGGCGAUUGCCGGGCUGGAGGCUGGCAAGUAUUUUGUCGAUGUGUCAUUCCUGGGAAGGCUGAUGCAGUGCGGGAUCAUGGGCGGGUCGCCGAGGAACAACUGGGUGCUGGACACGUUGAUGGGGUGGCUCAUACCGAUCAUCUACUUCUUCGUGUUGAGGGGGAUGAACUCAACGAUUGUGAAGUGGGCGAGGGAAAAGGGGCAUCCUUUUACGCAUCCCAAGAAGAAGUGAUGCGAUGGUUGGAUCUGUUCUUUUGUAUGGAUGUGUAUAUGAUAUCUAUGAACAUAAAAAUACUGUAAUAACUUUGUUGUUGUAAUAGACCGAUAUCAGCCUCAAGACAACCUGGACAAGUCCC